AUGACGCACAUUCAAGCUUCUGGUAGUCUGAGUAGUAGACGUCCUCGAGAAGCCCGCGAACAAGCUCUUGUUUCACUUGGAAUUACUCCCGCCAACCACUACACCGCCUUGCAGACAGCUGCGGCCCCCGGAAAUUCCGUUUCAGCUGGGCUUGCUGCUGCAUCAUCUGGCUCUGUGAGUUCAGCAUCCUCAACUUCUAGCUUCUUCCAAGAAGACGGGCAGACUUCAUUUCGGACAGGUCUGCUUAAUGGCAGCAGUGUAGGGGAACGUGCGGCUUUCGGCCUGGUGGGUCACUCUGAUAAGGCUUUGUCACAACCACUAGCCGCCGGAUCCUCACUCAGCUCUACGGCUCCGCAAAAGUUGAAAAAGAAGCUGCAGUUACUACAUGAAGCCGAGGAGAAAGCAGCUCAGCACGUGCAUGUCGGAACUGCAGCUACUAACGCUUCUGCGAAUGCAUCUGCCGGGAAUUCGGCACAGGGUAAUUUCACCUCUGCUUCUCCAGGCAAUUGUUCCGCUCCUGGAGCAUCUGGCUCCCUUGGUUUGGGUAAUCCGCAACAUCUUGGCCAGUCCAAUCACCACCAUCACUUCCGACAACAGCCUAUUCAAGCCCAACAAUCGCGUGGUAGGGCAAUUCGAACGGCUUCUAGCCCGGAUGGUGAAGUCAACAGCAGCGGUGAAGAAGGACGAAAUAGUGAGCAUUUCCUACUUCCUCUCUCUAAAUCCUUCUCGAUGCCCCUAUUCCAUGUGCCAACCUAA